GCGGCACUCACGCCCGUCGUCGCCGUCUCCAGACGACCACGCCCCCUCCCCUCUCCCUCACGGGGCCUCUUCGGCUGCUCCCACCCUUCCUUUCUUCCCAGCCCCCCCCGCCCGCGCUCCUUCACCUAUCCUACUAUUUAUAUAAUGGCAGAAAAGUCUCCCACCCCCGCCCCCUCCGCUCAGACUUCCCUACAGAGAGGCAAGGCUUGUCUCCGAUGUCGCAAGCGCAAGAUGAGAUGCGACGGCGCAAAGCCCGCAUGCGCCCAGUGUACGCGAGCGAAGAAGGGCGAUGGCUGCGAGUACGACGACGGCAAGGGAAAGACACGCACCCAGCUCAUGCGCGAGCACAUCGCCCGCCUCGAGCUGCGAAUCAAGGAACUCGAGGCCAACGACCACGCGUCCCCCUCUGUCACGCUCUUCGAUCCCCACGCGCCAUCUGCCUACUACUCUGGCUCCUCGUCCUCGUCCAGUCACGGUUCCCCAGGCAACUUCAGCCUUCCUGCGUCAGCAUCGCCAACACCCUUCCCUCCAGAUAUGGAGGCCAGCUGGGAAACACAAUGGGAGACAAUGACGGAUUUCGCCUCUGGAACGACGGUCGGCUCGCCCUACGCAGCGCCCGAGGAACCCCCACUCGAGGUCGCACACAUGCUCCUUGAGAUCUUCCUCCCGCAUCGGCAUCAAUGCGGCCUGCCCCUCCACAUCGGCCACCUCCGGGAAUCACUCGCGCCCUCGUCCCCGACACGGCACCAUCCCGCGCUCAUGCAGGCCAUCUACCUCUGGGCAUGCUUUCUCUCCCGCCCAGGUGCGCUCAGCGAACACGAGCCGCAUUACCUUGCAAGUUCACUCGCUGCGCUGCCCGAUGCACUCGCAUUUCCGGCCAGUGCACUAGACGCCGUGCGUGCUUCGUGCCUCCUCUCGCACUAUUUCCUCGCGAACGGCCGGGUCUUUGAGGGCAGCUACCACGCAUCCAUCGCUGCGGCGCUCGCGGUACAGUACGGCCUUCACCAGCUCGGCGCGUCGGAGCGCACGCCACAGUUGAACGCAGAUGAGUGGGAGACCGCGUUUAGGCUCCCGCCAGCGAAGGAUGCGGUCGAGCGCGGUGAGCGGAUAUGGACAUUCUGGCAGGUGUAUAAUUUGGAUAGGUGUUGGUCCGUCGUGCUCCAACGGCCAGCCACGAUUCCGGACAGCGAGCAUCCGUGGGCGUGCAUUACCACACCAUGGCCACAAAGUAUGGAGGAGUACGAAUGUGGGGACAUUGACGUGGGUACGGGGACCCCUACGGUCCGGGGAUUCUUCCUGCGCGAAGGUCAGACGACCAACUUGGUUAGUGGCUUCUCAACCAUGGCUCUCCGCGCGAAGGCCUCUGCCCUCUUCGAAGCUGCAAACAGGCUUGCGACAAGUUGGAGCACACAGGUGCCCUCAUCGACGACGUUCAUGGAGAACUUCCACGCGCUCGAGCAUGCGAUCACGCGCUUUGCGUCGACGCUUCUCCCGCUGCACCAGCUCGGCGCAGGCGUGCCCGAGGACAAGUACACGCUGAUCGCGAUCCACAGCCUCGCGCACGCGGCGGUGAUCCGGCUUCACUUCCCCUUCAUGGACGGCGACGCGCUCUCGCGCGAGAAGUGCCUCCGGGCCGCGAGGUCCGUCGUCCUCGUCGCGAAACACGUCGCGGAGAUGGAUUUCGAGUUCCUGGAGCCCAUUAUUGGGCCGUGCUGGUCCUCGGCCGCAAAGGUGUUCGAGUCGGAGCUGUUGCGGCUGCAGGCGUCAUGGCCGCCGAUGAACAUAAUGGACAUCCGCGGGGAGCUCAGUGCGCUCCUCUUCGUCAUGACCAAGCUCGGGACACGCUUCCCCCUCCUAGGCUACCAAGCUGCGAAGACGCAGAACUUCCUCGAAUCAAAAUAAACGGACGCAUAUGAUGCACUUGCUAGCUACAUUUACGGACGACCCGUGCGAGCCCAGGACACUCCGCCUCCUGGCUCAUGCACCCACGUUCUUGAUGAACCUCACGCUCGCUCCGUCGGACUCGGCCCCUACUUCAUGUUGUCAUUCUCACGCUUCGAGCUCGCACGAUUG